GCCAUGGGCGCCCGGCCGCCGCCGGCCCCGCGCCCCGCCGCCUGAGGCAGCGCGGCUGCACGGGCAGCGCCUCGCCCGCAGCCCUCCCCCCCCGGCCCCGCCACCAUGGGGGCCGCCGAGGCGACCCGGAGCGCCGCCGGGUUCGCCCGUGUCCUCACGCUGCUCAUGCUCCUUGGCACCGCUGAUGGUCAGUCGAAGCUGACCUCCGAGCAGAAUGCCAUCAGCCUCUUCCCUGGCAAGUACCGCCACCUCGACCGUGCCACCAACGAAGAGCUGACCUGUGACAAAUGUCCCGCAGGAACCUACGUGUCUAAGCACUGCACGAAGAGUACCUUAAGAGAGUGCAGCCCUUGUCCAGAUGGGACCUUCACCAAGCAUGAGAACGGCAUAGAGCGGUGCCACGCUUGUAGGAAACCCUGUGAACUGCCAAUGAUUGAGAAAACUCAUUGUACUGCCUUGACUGACCGCGAGUGCACUUGCCUGUCUGGUACGUUUCAGACGAACGAUACCUGCGUCCCUUACACGGUGUGCCCGGUCGGCUGGGGCGUCCGCAAGAAAGGAACCGACACGGAAGACGUGAGGUGCAAGCCGUGCCCUCGUGGUACCUUUUCUGAUGUGCCUUCUAGUGUGAUGAAGUGCAAACCAUACACUGACUGCUUUGGGAAAAACAUGGUGGUCAUCAAGCCGGGGACGAAGGAGAGCGACAACGUCUGUGGUUCUCCGGCGUCUCUUCCGAACAUGUCUUUGACUUCGUCGAGCACCGAAGCGGGUGAGCAGCCCUAUGAAGUUCCACCAACCGCUGAUCUUCCCAAAGGUCUGAACUCUUCAGUUCCCGAUUUUGUCCCCUCUCCAGCGCUGCGCGCGUCCAGCAGCAUGGUGGAGCCGGCACGCUACGACAACGAGACCUCGGCCAACGGGACCGACGGCGCCGGCAGGGCCCUCGUGGGCUCUGGCACCACCAGCCAGGCACAGAGCUACCGGCACAAGCAGACCAGCCAAGCGCUGGAGAAGCAGCCGUCGCUGGAGAUGAUGGGGGGGGAGAAGUCCAGCAUCCCGUACAGGCCCCCCAGGCGAGGUUCGCAGAACGUCCACCAGCACUUCGACAUCAACGAACACUUGCCGUGGAUGAUCGUCCUCUUCCUGCUGCUGGUCCUGGUGGUGAUCGUCGUCUGCAGCGUCAGGAAGAGCUCACGGACUCUGAAGAAAGGGCCCAGGCAAGAUCCCAGUGCCAUUGUGGAAAAAGCUAUUAUGAAAAAGUCCACCACCCCCACGCAGAACAGGGAGAAGUGGAUCUAUUACUGCAACGGGCACGGCAUCGACAUCCUGAAGCUGGUGGCCGCCCAGGUGGGGAGCCAGUGGAAGGACAUCUACCAGUUCCUGUGCAACGCCAGCGAGCGGGAGGUGGCGGCGUUCUCCAAUGGCUACUCGGCCGACCACGAGCGUGCCUACGCCGCCCUGCAGCACUGGACCAUCCGUGGGCCCGAGGCCAGCCUGGCCCAGCUCAUCAGCGCGCUCCGCCAGCACCGCCGCAACGACGUCGUGGAGAAGAUCCGCGGCCUGAUGGAGGACACCACGCCGGUGCAGAUGCAGCCUCAGUGGCAAGCGCAGGACCCCGGCAACGAGGACGUAAAGCUGGAAGGUGACAAGCUGGAGCUGCCGGUGAGCCCCAGCCCGGUGAGCCCCGCGCCCACCCCCAGCCCCAAGCCCCCGGAGGCUGCCGUGCUCACCGUGGAGCCCUCUCCUUCUGAGAAGAAAUGCUUCUUCGUGGAUGAAGCAGAGCCCCUCCUGCGGUGCGACUCCACCUCCAGCGGCUCCUCCGCGCUCAGCCGGACAGGCUCUUUUAUUACCAAAGAAAAGAAGGACACUGUCCUGCGCCAGGUGCGCUUGGACCCUUGCGACCUGCAGCCCAUCUUUGACGACAUGCUGCACAUCCUCAAUCCCGAGGAGCUCCACGUGAUAGAGGAGAUCCCGCAGGCCGAAGACAAGCUGGACAGGCUAUUUGAGAUCGCCGGAGUCAAAAGCCAGGAAGCCAGCCAGACCCUCCUGGACUCUGUCUAUAGCCACCUUCCCGAUUUACUGUAGGCACUGGGUCACCACACACUCUCCGAAUAUCUGCUAGAGCUAGCUUGGCACUCGUUAAGAUGAACGACAAUACGCAGGCAGGUUUUGUUGUAGAAUAUAUGGCCAGUAUUUUCGUUGAGGUGUCCUUGGUUUUUGGAGGGGGGGCAGUUUGCCAGCAUUGCACCCCUCCACCGUAACUAUCGCUCUCAGUCCAAGUCUCUGCCCCCUUCCCAAACCUCUCUCCUCCUUAUUCUCAUUCCAAUCAGAUCAGCUGAUGCACUUUAAAGAAAAAAAAAAAAAAAAAGAAA